AUGUCUGCCACUGUUAAAAAACAUACUCCUCAAGAUUUCAUCUUUAAACAAGAAUUAGGCCAUGGCGCCUACUCGACAGUAUACAAGGCCCUCGAUAAGAGAAACCUGAAGAAAGCUUAUGCUAUUAAAGUUUGUUCCAAAAACCAUAUCAUAAAGGAAAAUAAAGUCAAAUAUGUAAAUAUUGAAAAAAAUACGCUGAAUUUAUUAGGUAAGACAAACCAUCCGGGAAUCAUCAAAUUAUAUUAUACAUUCCAUGACAAACAAAACUUGUAUUUCGUAUUGGAUUAUGCUAAAGGUGGAGAGUUACUUUCUCUCUUGCAUAUUCAAACGAAUGGCACAUUCGACGAAUUGUAUUCCAAGCAUUUUAUGGUUCAAAUAAUAGAUACUUUGGAAUAUAUCCAUUCAUGCGGUAUUAUCCAUAGAGAUUUGAAACCAGAGAAUCUUUUGCUUGAUAAAUGGGGGAAACUUAUGAUUACUGAUUUUGGGGCAGCGUCUCCACCGGCAAAUAUGUCUACUUGUUCUUCGUUUGUAGGCACAGCAGAAUACGUUUCGCCUGAAUUGCUAUUAUUCAAUCAAUGUAAAUUUGCUUCAGAUGUUUGGGCAUUAGGCUGCAUUCUUUAUCAAUUUAUUAAUGGUACCCCGCCAUUCAGAGGUGAAAAUGAAUUGAAAACGUUUGAAAAAAUCGUUUCUUUGGAUUAUCCAUGGAAUAAUAAUAAUAAUAACUUACUUCUCCAUCCAAAUAACAACACUGCAAAUUUGACAAACCCUCAAAUCAUAAACCUUACACGUAAAAUCCUAACGUUAAACCCUAAUGAUAGAAUCACCAUCCCCAACAUAAAACUUCAUCCUUGGUUUAAUGAUAUCAAUUGGCAAGAUAAAGAUUCCAUAUGGAGAGGUAUCUGGCAAACUCCAUUGAUCAAUUUACACAAUAGUACCUUCAAUAAUCCUUCCAAUCUCUCAUCACCCUCGACCUCCCCCUUGUCAAGUAAGAUGAAUUCAACAAUCUCGAACAGACAAUUACAUAUAAUAGACACACCAUUACGAAAUAUUCAAAUUACAAAUCAUAAAUCUUCAUCACCUUCGACAUCCCCAAUCAUUUCUGCCAAGAAAAAAUAUAAAAAACCUUUAAAAGUUUCAAACACAACUACAAGUAUUGUAGAAUGGAGAAAGAAAUUGGGUAUCUCAAGUACAAUUGCAAAGUCACCCACACAAGCACCUGCGCAAGCACCUGCGCAAGCACCUGCGCCUCCAUUGCCCAUAAUUAAACAAGAUUAUCUUUUCAUUUAUGAAAUUCCAUACAAUGUAAAUGGUCCUAAGAUGUCAAUCAAUUCUUAUAAUUCCAUUUCUAAUGACUUAAUAGCAAGUCUAGUGUCUAAUUACCCUCAAUUUUUAAAUACAAAGCCUCCUCAAUUAUUAACUUUUUUCAAAGAUGGAAAUUUAUCCUAUAAUAACAACAUUAUAAUAAAUAUCAGUGACCCAAAUCUAUCAAUGUAUGAUUUCCAAUUUAAUGAAAAAAAUUCCACUGGUUAUUUAAUAUUGGAAAAAUAUAAAUCAAAAUUAUGGUUUUUAUCUUUACCAAACAUGCCACUUACAUCAACUUCAUCAAAUAUUAUUAAUAAAGAAACCACUUGGAUUCAAUCGUUUUUCAACCAAAGACAGUUGAUUAGUAAUGGAGAUGGUGAGAAUUCGUUGGUGAAUAAUUUCAAUACUUUAACAUUGAAUAAUAAUAAUAAUAAUAAUACUACUAGUACUAGUACUACUAAUAAUAAUAAUACUAACAAUACUAAUAAUACUAAUAAUACUACUACUACUACUAAUAAUAAUAACACUAAUAACAAUAUUAAUAGUAAUGAUAUUUUGAAAAAGAAGAAAAUUCUCCCGUCUUCUCCAAUUUUAAAUGGAAAAUCUAAACGUGUAACUUCAAAUACAAACUUACAAAAUCAUUUUGAAUUAAAUCAUAAUACAACAUCACACACUACACAUCCUUCACACCCUCCACAUACCACUCACCCACCUCACGCUCCUCACUCUACACAUGCUACACAUAUAAGUCCAAGACCUUCUGUUAAAAAAUAUAAUGUACCAUCAAAUAUGGUCAUUAGUAGUAGUAGAGUGGAAGUAUUAAACUCAAUCCCCAAUAGUCCCCCUUUAAAGGCAACUAUUCAUAAAGCUACUAAAAGUGCAAUCAUAGAUUUGACUUUAAAUGGCCAUGAAACUUUUGAUUUACCGUCUCAUAUAGAUCAUCAUACUCAUAAUCAUAACAAUCAUAAUAAUCAUAAUAAUCAUAAUAAUCAUAAUAAUCAUAAUCAUAAUCAUUCAACUUCAAAUGAUCCUUUAAGUAUGGAUGAAUUAAAUUUAAAUUCAAAUCAAAUUAAUCCUGCAGGUAAAGGUGCAAGAGCUGCAUUUAAAAAUUCACAUCCCAUUUAA